AUGUCGGUUGAGGUAACUGUCUGCACUGCGAAAAAUUCAUUGUCUUCUGUUCCAGAAACGACGCUGAAUAGUCUGAAACGUUGCAAUCAGGACAAGGGUGGUUGCGAACAUGUGUGCGAAGAUACUCAGACAGGUGUGAAAUGUUCGUGUUUCGAUGGAUUCCGCGCCAAUGGAUCUUCCUGCACAGACAUAGACGAAUGUGCCGAGGGAUUAGCUGGGUGUGCAGAAAUUUGUCAUAACGACCCUGGUUCUUUUCGCUGUGAAUGUCUUUCUGGCUAUCAAUUGGCCUCCGAUGGUAAAUCGUGUCUUGACGUUAACGAGUGUCUGGUGAAUAACGGCCACGGUCCGUGCCAAGGUACUUGCAUCAAUCUUGAAGGGAGCUACGAGUGUAGUUGUUCCGAUAUUCCGGGUCACAAAUUGGCCUCGGAUAAUCACACCUGCGAGGAUAUCGACGAGUGUUCGACGAACAACGGCGGCUGCUCACAUGUUUGCUUGAACACCCCUGGAAGCGUCUUCUGCCUUUGUCCAGAUGGCUUUUAUUUGACAGACGACUGGAAAACGUGCCAAGACGUGAAUGAAUGCGAAAAUGCAUCAAAAAUUUGCCCGAACAACACCGAUUGCGAGAACACAAUUGGGUCAUUCAAAUGUGUCAAUAAGCCUCAAAAGAUGACAAAGGUUCUUCAAGACGAGGACUACGAUGCUGAAGAUGACGACGAUGGGGACGACGAAUACGACGAAGAAGGUGUCACUGAAAUUCCUGAAUUUGGCAAGUGUGACGAAGGUUUCAAGAAAAAUAACAACGGCGAAUGUGUCGACAUCGAUGAAUGCGUGGAAGGAGACGGAGGCGAGCCCCACGGUUGCCAACAUCAGUGCAUAAAUGAACCAGGCGGUUAUUACUGUGUCUGUUAUUCUGGUUACGAGCUGCACGAAGACGGUGUCUCCUGUAACGACGUUGACGAGUGUAAGCGAACGCCAUCUUGUUCCCACGGUUGCAACAACACGGAAGGCUCGUAUGCGUGCACGUGUCCCUUGGGAUUUAGCUUGAAAGAGGAUAACGUUAGCUGCGUUCCAACGAGAACCUGUCAGACUCUGAUAACACCAUGCUCUCACGAGUGUCAAGAAUCAAAGGACGGACCUGUCUGCGUAUGUCCUACAGGGUAUCAGCUUCUGGAGGAUGAAGCCAGCUGUUCCGAUAUCGACGAGUGUUCUCUACACUUAUGCUCUCACUCCUGCGUGAAUUUGGAGGGCAGUUUUCUCUGCGUCUGCCCCGAAGGUUUGGAAACGCUGGAACACGAUAAAUUUAACUGCACGGACGUUGACGAAUGCUCGAGAGAGCUUCACGGCUGUCAACACGGCUGCACGAACCUUCACGGGAGCUACCUUUGUACAUGUCCACCUGGAUUCGUUUUAAACGAGGAUAAAAGGACAUGUUCGGACGUGGACGAGUGUUCAAACAGUGAGCACCAGUGUGCCCAGGCGUGCGUGAACGUCCCAGGUAGUUACAAGUGUGAGUGCUACGAAGGAUAUGAGCUGUCUGAUGGAUUUACCUGCAAGGAUGUAGACGAAUGUUUUACAAACAAACAUGGAUGUUCUUAUGAAUGCAUUAAUCAAGAUGGAGGAUAUAUCUGCAGGUGUCCUGUAGGUUUCGCGUUAGCAAACGAUACUAAAUCUUGUGAGGAUGUGAACGAGUGUUUGGAUGGCACCCAUCAAUGUUCUCACGAGUGCCUCAAUGUGCAAGGAUCCUACGAGUGUUCGUGUCCUGCUGGAAUGUACAUAGCAAAUGAUAAAAGAUUGUGUCUCACGAUCGACGUAUGCAGCUUUGCAAACUGUUCUCACAUUUGUCAAAAGGAACACGACACCUACAAAUGCGGUUGUCCCGAGGGAUUCAUUUUAGAGGAGGACGAGAAAACGUGCAAAGACUUCGACGAGUGUCUGGAGGACGAACAUGACUGCUCUCACGACUGCGUUAACACACCAGGAAGUUACAAAUGUGUUUGUCCUGAAGGUUUGAAGUUAUUGCAAGAUGGGCUGACCUGUGAGGAUCCCUUAUGUCCUGAAGGACUGCGACAGGACGACACAGGUCAAUGUCAGGACGUAGACGAGUGCGAAGAAGAGAAUCACGAGUGUUCACAUUCGUGCAAUAAUGUUCAUGGUUCCUACCGUUGCUCCUGUCCGGCAGGAUGGACCUUAUCUGAGGAUGCUGUUACGUGUGUAAUCCUUGAUAGUGACCCUUGUUUGAAUUCAUCCUGUUCCCAUUUCUGCGUGGUUGAUGGUUCGAGCCACAAGUGUGAGUGUCCUCCAGGAUACAGAAUCGGCAGGGACAGCGUGACUUGCGAGGACGUUGACGAGUGUCGUGACAAUUCCAGCAAUUGCAGCUUCUCCUGUAAAAAUACGGAAGGAUCGUACAUCUGCGAGUGUCCCGCAGGAUUUAAACUCAAGGGCGACCAAAAUUGCGUCGACAUCGACGAAUGCGUUGAGGGUAACCAUGACUGUCCUUCUGACUGCAUAAAUCUGGAAGGAACAUACACGUGUUCGUGUCCCGUAGGACAUCAAUUUUCGAAAGAUGCUCGUGUCUGUGAGGACAUCGACGAGUGUCAGGAUUUCACUCAUAGACACAACUGUUCCCACGGGUGCGUGAACACUGUAGGUGGGUACAAUUGCAGCUGUCCAACAGGAUGGAAGCUUGAACAGGAUUUAAGGACCUGUCGCAACUGUUCUCACACGUACGAGCAAGACGGAGAGGAGAUUCGUUGUGGUUGUCCCGAAGGAUUUCAACUUGGAAGCGACGAGAGGACUUGCAGUGAUGUGGACGAGUGCGCCGAGGAUCAUUCUUGCAGCCACAUUUGCAUAAACACGGAAGGAUCCUAUUACUGCGAUUGUCCUUCGGGUUUCACUUUAAAAGACGAUCAAACUUGCGAGGACAUCAACGAAUGUCUGCAAAAUAACGGGAGAUGUUCUCACACUUGCCUGAAUAUUAAAGGCAGUUUUAAUUGCACCUGUCCUGAAGGGUAUGAAUUGGACGAUGACGAGGAAACUUGUCAGGACAUCGAUGAAUGCGCCAUGGACCUUCACGAUUGCUCCCAUAACUGCGAGAACGUGGACGGUAGCUAUACCUGUACGUGCCCGGAAGGUUUGGUUCUUGAACAGGACAAUAAGAGCUGUGCUGACGCGAACCAGUGUGGUCAACCACACAAUUGCAGCCACGCGUGUGUGAAGGAACACGGUGGUUACAAAUGCGAGUGUCCCGUCGGUUCGAAAUUAAGCUCCGACGGUCGGACGUGCGAGGAAAUUGAUUUUUGCGACGGUCAACACGGUUGCUCUCACGAGUGCGUCAGCGUCCAGGACAGUUUCCUGUGUCGUUGUCCAACCGGCUAUGUUUUGUCCAGCGACGCCAGGAACUGUCAGGAUAGGAACGAGUGCGAAGAGGUAAACAACUGUUCUCAUUCCUGCGUCAACACGGAGGGUAGCUUCGAGUGUAGUUGUCCAAACGGUUAUCGACUGGGCGAGGAUCGAAGGAGCUGCGAGGACGUCAACGAGUGCAUCCAGGACAACGGCGGUUGCUCUCACUUGUGCGCAAAUACCGAGGGAGGCGUCGAGUGUGCUUGUCCCGAUAAUUACAGGCUACUCGAAGAUGACGGAAAGACGUGUGUAGAGAUAGACGAAUGUUUGAUCGACAAUGGUGGAUGUUCUCAUCUGUGUCACUACGAGAACGGUACAGCGUCCUGCUUCUGUCCGCCGGGAAUGAUUUUGGAAGAUGACAACGCCACCUGUGUCCAGGAGAACAAAUGUUACGUGGAGAACGGAGGAUGUUCCCAUUUCUGUAAUUCAGAGAAUGGACAGGUAUUUUGCUCUUGUCCUCCAGAAAUGAUUCUUCAGGAAAACGGAACCGUGUGUCUAGAACGAAAUAAGUGUCUCCUGGACAACGGCGGAUGUUCCCACGACUGUUUAUACGAGGAUGGUGAGGUUUUCUGCUCUUGUCCGCCCGGAAUGAUCCUCGCGGAUGAUAAACUUCUUUGCAUUCACGAGAACAAGUGCUUCGUCAACAACGGCGGUUGCUCGGACAUAUGCGCCUUCGUUAACGGGUCCAUCAGCUGCGAGUGUCCUUCCGGAUUCCAGCUGUCCCACGAAGAUAAUUCCACCUGCGUUGACAUUGACGAAUGCCUGGAGCUAAAAGACAACUGCACUCACAAAUGCGCGAAUACAGAGGGCGGUUUCGAAUGUACCUGCAACGAAGGAUUCAAAAUAAACUCCAUUGAGCCAGCAUUCUGCGACGACGUCGACGAGUGCGAGGAUUCUAACGGAGGUUGUUCGCACACCUGUCUGAACUUAGUUGGAUCAUUUCGCUGCUCCUGUCCUUCAGGCUAUGCUCUUGAGAACGACACCAAAACUUGCAGACUAACCGAUGGUUGCAAACAGAACAAUGGCAACUGCUCCCAUCACUGUCACCCCGAAGAAGGCACCGAGAAAGCUCAUUGUUCUUGUCCUUUGGGUUUCCGCUUAAAAGAAGAUCAGAAGACCUGCGAGGAUAUCGACGAAUGCGAGGAGUUCGAGAACGAUGUGGACCUUGGCUGCUCGCACAUGUGCGUCAACACUGAAGGCGGUUACUACUGCGAGUGUCCUUCAGGGUAUAUGCUUCUCCCAGAAGAUAAAAAGAAUUGUAUCGACGUGAACGAGUGUCUGAACAGCCAGCACAACUGCAGCUACGACUGUCUGAACCUGUUGGGCAGCUACGUGUGUACCUGCUACGAGGGACACUAUCUGCACUCGGACAAGUCCAGCUGUUUGGACAUCGACGAAUGUCUCGAGAGGAAUGGCGACUGUUCGCACGAGUGUACAAACACUAUCGGCGGUUACUUCUGCUCUUGUCCUUCAGGAUACGAACUCUCGCAGGAUGAGAGGACCUGCGUCGACGUAGACGAGUGCGAAACGGGUGUAGCCGAGUGCUUUCAUGUAUGUACCAACACGCCUGGAUCUUGGAAAUGCAGCUGCCCAGAUGGCCACGUGCUAGCAAAUGAUUCCAAGAGUUGCGUCGACGUCGAUGAAUGCAAAAUGAACAAUGGCGGCUGCUCUCAUGCCUGCUUCAACGUCGCUGGCGGCGUCAGGUGCAGUUGUCCGGUUGGUCUGCAUUUGGACGAGGACGGCAAGACUUGUGUCGACGUAGACGAGUGUCUGAUGGAAAAUGGCGGCUGCUCGGACGUCUGCGUAAACUUGGAAGGCAGCUUUGUCUGCCGUUGCUCCACUGGUUUUCACUUAGAGCUGGAUUCAAAAACUUGUCGAGACGUUGACGAGUGUGAAAUGGAGAAUGGAGGAUGCAGCGAUGCGUGUGUCAAUGUUGAAGGUAGUUACCGCUGCGAAUGUCCGGACGGCUUUAAAUUGGAGGAUCAGAAGACCUGCACGGAUGUGAACGAGUGCGAGGAUAAUAAUGGUGGCUGCUCUCAUGUCUGCAUCAACGAAUUGGGGUCUUAUCAGUGCGACUGCCCGACGGGCCACGAGUUAAGAAACAAAUCCUGCCAUCUUCUGGAUCCUUGUGCUGACAACAAUGGAGGAUGUGAACAGAUUUGUAAUGUGGACGAUGGACUGGUCGUUUGUACAUGCAAGGAAGGUUACAUUCAUGAUAAAACUGAUCGAUCGAAGUGUAAAGAUGUGGACGAAUGUGCUGGGCAACAUGGCUGCGAUCAACUGUGUGUGAACACUAUUGGGUCCUUCGAGUGCGAGUGCAAAGAAGGCUUCGAAAUGCGGAAUUCUACUUGCGUCGAUAUCGACGAGUGCUCGAGUAAGCCAUGCAAGAAGACCAAAUGCAUCAAUACUUACGGUAGCUAUCGUUGCGAGUGCGACGCAGGAUAUCGAUUGGACAGCGACAAUUGUGUAGACAUCGACGAAUGCAAUGAGGAUGCGCCUUGCAAAGAGAGAUGCAUCAACACGCCUGGCUCUUAUCGAUGCACUUGCUCGCCAGGAUUUAGAUCGCGUGGAAAUGAUUGCGUAGAUAUAAACGAAUGUGAGUGGAACAACGGCAGAUGCGAGCAAGAUUGUAUCAAUACACUAGGUUCGUACGUGUGUGCUUGUCGUCCUGGCUACAUCUCGAGUCAAAGAAACAGAAGCCAGUGCCAAGACAUAAACGAGUGCUUGAAUCGUAACGGUGGCUGCAACGGUGAAUGCGUUAACACUGCCGGAAGUUACUACUGUACGUGCAGCGGUGAUUCGUUGUUGGCUUCCGACGAGAGAACUUGCAUUUCAACGGAAUUGAGAUGCCGUGCCAUGGAACCACCACUCCACGCCGAAAUCAGAUGUCCCGGUCAUUCUUCCGGUGCAGUGGAUUAUCCCGUUGGAGCCAGAUGUCAUAUACGAUGUCGAAGGGGUUUCAGGCUAGAAGGACCCCACACGAGGUACUGCAUGGCCGGCGACCGUUGGAACGGGAACGAACCGACUUGUAUUCAAGAAUCGAUCGUGACCGAUUCCCGUUACCAUUCAGACAUGCCACGACCGUUCGUGAGGUGUCCGAGGGACAUGGACGUGGAACUACCCGCAAGGCAGAACACGAUACGCGUCUCGUUUCCGCAGCCUAAAUCCAACAUGAAUUGGUGGAGGUAUGUGGAUGCUUCCCCGCCAUGGGCCAAGCAAUUACAAGCGGAUUUACCAGCUGGUACAACGGUUGUCACCUUUACAGCUUGGUCGCCUGUAUCGAAUUACACCAGCACGUGUAGGAUAGUGAUACGUGUUCGAGGUGAGUAG